GGCCUGCCGGGAAGGGUGGUUAUGGGUAGUCUCAUCUCCAGCGUGUGGAGUCAGCAAGGCCUGGGGCGCCAUCAGCCCCCACCCCCAGGAAACAGGCUGGCAGCUUGUUCCUGCUGCCCGCAGGAGCCAGGCCUCCUCUCCUGGGAAGGCUGAGCACACACCUGGAAGGGCAGGCUGCCCUUCUGGUUCUGUAAAUGCUUGCUGGGAAGUUCUUCCUUGAGUUUAACUUUAACCCCUCCAGUUGCCUUAUUGACCAUCCCAAGCCAGUAUUGGUAGCCCUGGAGGGCCAGGGCCAGGUUGUGAAGGUUUUUGUUUUGUUUUGCCUAUUAUGCCCUGACCACUUACCUACAUGCCAAGCACUGUUUAAGAACUUGUGUUGGCUGGGUGCAGUAGCUCACACCUGUAAUCCCUGUACUUUGGGAGGCCAAGGCAGGAGGAUCACUUGAAGCCAGGAGUUCCAGACCAGCCUGGGCAAAAUAGUGAGACCCCUGUCUCUACAAAAAAAAAAAAAAAAAAAAAAUUAGCCAGGCAUGGUGGUAUGUACCUGUAGUCCCAACUAAUUGGGAAGCUGGUGGGAAGAUUGCUUGAACCCAGAAGGUUGAGGCUGCAGUGAGCCAUGAUCACUGCACUCUAGCCUGAGCAACAGAGCAAGACCAUCUCCAGAAAAAAAAAAAAAAACUUGUGUUAACGUGUUAAACUCGUUUAAUUUUUACAGUGAUUUAUGAGGUGGGUACUAUUAUUAUGCCUAUCUUGAUGAUAGGGACAGAGUGGCUAAUUAGUAUGCCUGAGAUCACACAGCUACUGCAGGAGGCUCUCAGGAUUUGAAUCCACCUGGUCCAUCUGGCUCUAGCAUCUAUAUGCUUUUUUUGUUGGUUUGUUUUUGAGACAGAUUUUCACUCUUGUUGUCUAGGCUGGAGUGCAAUGGCACAAUUUUGGCUCACUGCAACCUCCGCCUCCUGGGUUCAAGUGAUUCUCCUGCCUCAGCCUCUCGAGUAGCUGGGAUUACAGGCAUGCGCCACCAGGUCCGGCUAAUUUUGUAUUUUUAGUAGAGACAAUGUUUCUCUAUGUUGGUCAGGCUGGUCUCAAACUCCCGAUCUCAGGUGAUCCGCCUGCCUUGGCCUCCCAAAGUGCUGGGAUUACAGGCGUGAGCCACCAUGCCCGGCCAGCAUCUAUAAUAUAUGCUAAACCCUACCCACAGCUGCCUCUGUCUUGGGGUCAGGGUUCUUGAAUGGUCUGGGCCAGCCUGAGUUAGGAGUGGGAAGAGGAAGAGGAGGCACGCACCCAAGUGUUCUUCCCGCCUGACCGAGUCCUCUGCGCCUGUGAGGAAGGUGGGCACCGCUGUCACCCUGUUUCCCGGGAAGCCAGCAGGCCCAGGGAGAUACUGGGAUUUGCCAAAGGCUCACAGCGAGCAAGCAGCAGUGGGCGCUGGCCCCUCAACACCCAGCCUGGCACACACUGUCUCUGAGCAGACCUGGGAGAAGGCAUGUGAAACCCACCCAGCCCUGGCUGGAAGAGAAGUGGGGGAGUAGAAAUGAAAAGUGGGUACUGGGAGGAGCUGCCCACGUGCCCUCCACGGUUCCAGGAUGGCGCUCUUAUGCUGGGAGUGAGCUUGCCCUGUGCCAGGCUGUCAUUGAGGCGUUUUCCAUUCAACAACUGUUUCUCAGACAAGGCGUAGGCAGGUUAGCUCUCCCAGGCCACUCAAGUAGUAAGGAAACAGAUUUAAACCCAGAUAAUUUGGCUCCAUGGCUAAGGCCCAGAGAGGGGUGUUGACAAGCCCAGGGUCACACAGCCACAGCCCCAGAGCUAGGAACUGCUGGCUAGGGCAAGCAGACAGCUGACUCCUAGCCAACUGGAGGUGGAGCAGAGGUGGAGCCAGGGAGACCCAGGUGGCAUCUCUCAGAGUAGAGCACGGGCGGCAGAGUGGCCCGGGGCAGCAUGAAGUGGUGCUGGGGCCCAGUGCUGCUCAUCGCGGGUGCCACGGUCCUCAUGGAGGGUCUUCAAGCCGCUCAGCGUGCCUGUGGACAGCAUGGCCCCGGCCCCCCCAAGCCUCAGGAGGGCAACACAGUCCCUGGCGAGUGGCCCUGGCAGGCCAGUGUGAGGAAGCAGGGAGCCCACAUCUGCAGCGGCUCCCUGGUGGCGGACACCUGGGUCCUCACUGCUGCCCACUGCUUUGAAAAGGCAGCAGCAACAGAACUGAACUCCUGGUCAGUGGUCUUGGGUUCUCUGCAGCGUGAGGGACUCAGCCCUGGGGCCGAGGAGGUGGGGGUAGCUGCCCUGCAGUUGCCCAGGGCCUAUAACCACUACAGCCAGGGCUCAGACCUGGCCCUGCUGCAGCUCGCCCACCCCACGACCCACACACCCCUCUGCCUGCCCCAGCCUGCCCAUCGCUUCCCCUUUGGAGCCUCCUGCUGGGCCACUGGCUGGGAUCAGGACACCAGUGGUGCUCCUGGGACCCUACGCAAUCUGCGCCUGCGUCUUAUCAGUCGCCCCACAUGUAACUGUAUCUACAACCAGCUGCACCAGCGACACCUGUCCAACCCGGCCCGGCCUGGGAUGCUAUGUGGGGGCCCCCAGCCUGGGGUGCAGGGGCCCUGUCAGGGAGAUUCCGGGGGCCCUGUGCUGUGCCUCGAGCCUGAUGGACACUGGGUUCAGGCUGGCAUCAUCAGCUUUGCAUCAAGCUGUGCCCAGGAGGACGCUCCUGUGCUGCUGACCAACACAGCUGCUCACAGUUCCUGGCUGCAGGCUCGAGUUCAGGGGGCGGCUUUCCUGGCCCAGAGCCCAGAGACCCCGGAGAUGAGUGAUGAGGACAGCUGUGUAGCCUGUGGAUCCUUGAGGACAGCAGGUCCCCAGGCAGGAGCACCCUCUCCAUGGCCCUGGGAUGCCAGGCUGAUGCACCAGGGGCAGCUGGCCUGUGGCGGAGCCCUGGUAUCAGAGGAGGCGGUGCUAACUGCUGCCCACUGCUUCAUUGGGCGCCAGGCCCCAGAGGAAUGGAGCGUAGGGCUGGGGACCAGACCGGAGGAGUGGGGCCUGAAGCAGCUCAUCCUGCACGGAGCCUACACCCACCCUGAGGGGGGCUAUGACGUGGCCCUCCUGCUGCUGGCCCAGCCUGUGACACUGGGAGCCAGCUUGCGGCCCCUGUGCCUGCCCUAUGUUGACCACCACCUGCCUGAUGGGGAGCGCGGCUGGGUCCUGGGAUGGGCCCGCCCAGGAGCAGGCAUCAGCUCCCUCCAGACAGUGCCCGUGACCCUCCUGGGGCCUAGGGCCUGCAGCCGGCUGCUUGCAGCUCCUGGGGGUGACGGCAGCCCUAUUCUGCCGGGGAUGGUGUGUACCAGUGCUGUGGGUGAGCUGCCCAGCUGUGAGGGCCUGUCUGGGGCACCACUGGUGCAUGAGGUGAGGGGCACAUGGUUCCUGGCCGGGCUGCACAGCUUUGGAGAUGCUUGCCAAGGCCCCGCCAGGCCGGCGGUCUUCACCGCGCUCCCUGCCUACGAGGACUGGGUCAGCAGUUUGGACUGGCAGGUCUACUUUGCCGAGGAACCAGAGCCCGAGGCUGAGCCUGGAAGCUGCCUGGCCAACAUGAGCCAACCAGCCAGCUGCUGACAGGGGACCUGGCCGUUCUCAGGACAAGAGAAUGCAGGCAGGCAAACAGCAUUACUGCCCCUGUCCUCCCCACCCUGUCAUGUGUGAUUCCACGCACCAGGGCAGGCCCAGAAGCCCAGCAGCUGUGGGAAGGAACCUGCCUGGGGCCACAGAUGCCCACUCCCCACCCUGCAGGACAGGGGUGUCUGUGGACACUCCCACACCCAACUCUGCUCCGAAGCAGGCGUCCCAGCUUUCCUCCUCCUUUACCCUUUCAGAUACAAUCACGCCAGCCACGUGUUUUGAAAAUUUCUUUUUGGGGGGCAGCAGUUUUCCUUUUUUUAAACUUAAAUAAAUUGUUACAAAAUAGA